AGGACCUAAAAGAAAUCUAAUUUUUAAUCUUCUACUUCUUUACUUUUUCAAAUCUUCAAGAAAACUCACUUCGUCGAUAAGAGGCAAGAGUAAAAUCAGAAUGGACCCAUCGAACUCUUCAACGGACAAUGGCCCAGUGGACAAGUUCUUGAAUAUCCCAUAUAACCAGAGAUGGGAGUAUCUUAAACCUGUCAUAAUUCGUAUGUACUUGGAGGAGAAUAACACAAUGAAACGCAUCUCAGAGCGGAUGAAGGAUGAGUAUAGCUUUAACGCCCAAACUGGUCAAUAUCAAUCUCACUUCAGGAAAUGGGACGUGAGAAAAAGGACAAUAACUAAAGAGAAGGAUGAUGUUAUCGGCGUUCUUGGAAAGCGUAUCCGGCAAGAUGGAAUCAGCACCUCUGAUGCAAUCAUCAAUCGAGGCGACUGUGCAAAGAGUGUGGACAAGAAGCAGCUCAAGAGGUACAUCAACCAAAGUAUCCGUCAAGACGAACCAGUAACUUUGCAUACCGGAAUAUUCGGUCGGCAGAACCUCCCGUACGCCGCAUUGAUCCGCAGCCUUACGGAGGAGGGCUCCUUUUCACCAUCCGGCACCAGCCCUUUUACCCCGGAAUACUUGACUAUAAACAGUCCACAAGGGAUAGCAUCUGCUUCCAGUCCCCAAGAUGCCUUGUCGCCAGCCAUGCAGCUGGUAAAACGAAAGAUACUAUUAAAUAGAGCCCGUCUUUUCUUGGAGGAUAGGAACCGGGACUUGAUGGCACAGCUAACUGCAGAUGAACGAAAGUCUGUAGUGACAUGGCUUCAUGACUUUUGGAUAUACUCCUUCAUGACUGUCAAGUACUGGGGUAGGGGACCAGAGAUGUGGGAUCUGUCCCUUAUUAACUUCAAGUCGUUUGCUGGGAUGGUCCCUCUAUCUCCCCCCAUAGAUCAAGAAUUCGGACCGCCAUCUAGAUCUCGUUCGAUUCCUGACGGCCCGACGCAACUCUGUCGAUGGAGUAUACACUAUAAAGGACCAAUGUAUGAACCUAUCUCUUCUCCACCAGCAGAGAUCCAUAGGUCCGAAGAUCAAUUUGAUAUUGAUGACGAGUCUACAUGGACUGUGUGGCCAACGAAUGGCUCUAAUCAAGAUCCUACAAGCACACUAGCCCAGGGACUUCAAGAGAACCAAUUUAGUUCUGUUAAAGCCGAGGAACUUCCAUUUGCCACCGACGAAAUCGUAAAAACUGCAGAAAGGUCGCGGGAUGAAUUAGAAGCAGAGGCUUUCGGUUUUGCUAUCAUGUCGCGUAACAUUGAUGUUAUUAAUGAAAUCAUAGGGGACUACAAGGGAAGGCUUCCAGACAGCUUUCUAACGAUUUUUCCGUUUCAUCUAGCAGCGAGGUUCCUAGACGGCGCUAGGACUUGCUGCCUUAUCAUGGAAAUAUUAUUAAAUUUGCUACAAGACUCAUCCUCAAUAGGCACAAAUUAUAUCGAUGGUUCUGGAUUUACUGUGCUGGAUACGUUUUUUGUCACGAUCCUACGAUCACACAGCAAAGUCUCGCUUGAAAUUCUGAGUGGCGAGUUUGCCGGUCAAUCUCAAUACGCUGGACAGGAGGUCGACCCUUGUGGUCGAUGGGAUGCGGAUUCGCCUUGUGUUCGACAAUUAUAUGCUUCCGGAAGCCCGAAAAUCCCAGAUGAGUGGAAACACGUAUUCUGUCAUACUUCAGUACAGGCUAUAUGCCAUUCUAUAUCCGCAAUAUUCUUAGUUGACUGGCAUCCAAAUAUUAAUACGUCGAGUGGAUUGUUCAAAAGGCGGUGCAGCUGUUGCGGGCUAGAGUUAAUACUUGGGCCACUUCAUGCCCUGGUCCUGACAUCGUUCUUCUUGGCAAAUGAUGGAAUGCCCGGCGAGAAUCUUUUUGGCAUGAUAUGUUGCCUUGUAUGUCUGUUGACUCACCAGGCUGAUCCCUAUGCUGCCGUGGAGGUCUCAAUUCCCGAGUUACUGGGACGAGGAUUAGUGAAUGAGUGCCAACAUGUAACUAUGAACCCGGCGGAAUUGGCAUUGGAAAUCUAUUCAGAGAGAAUGUCGUCGUGGACUCACGAAGUUAAUCGUGGGUGGGAGAUUCUCCUUUUUAUCCUACGACUAGACCACAAGAAGAAGGAUUACGAUGAUGAGGAUCCUGACGACGAGGAUCCUGACGAAUGCAUUCAUAUUCCCAGAGCAACAUAUUCCAGUAAUCGACAGCUAGGCCAGAUAUGGGCAGCUAUACAGGCCGAAUUAUUGACUUAUCGUCGUCUAAGUGAAGACCACGAUUGGCUAUCUGUUAAUUUUGAUAUGGAAAAGCUUUGGAGAGCCUUGGAAGGUAAUGAUGAAGAGCUCCUUCGUGAGUUUGCUGAUAACCCGGAUGAUAUAACUGGGGAAUUUAAGUUGAAGGAGUAUUGGCGAUGUGGGCAUUUUCGUAGUGCCCGGUAUCCAUUGUGUGCUAUUAGGGAGGAAGUAUGCAACUUAUACUAUGCUAAUCUUGAUAAUUGGGAACGCACUGCAUUUAUUAGGACGUGGUAUUAUUGGUAAAAUGCUAAUAAUUGGAGAUGAUAUAUUACGUUGAUCAGUUAGUGCACGGUGUCGUGGCCACUUUGAUACCUUCG